AGACGCCGUACAUGACACCCAACAAACGUGCAAUGUUGUCUUUAAUCGAUCCAGCGACACAUGAGAGGGGAGGACAGUAAGCUGCUCCAAUCUAUGAACUUCUCACGAUUUUCACAUUUCAGACGCUGCUGCUUUCCGACUUAGCUUGAAUCGCUGAGCUAACCGCUAAAAAAAAAAAAAAAGCACAAGGAAGAAAAACAAAACGAGGACAUAACCGGCUGUUAGUGAGCUCAAACUCGCGAAUUCGAUAGCAUAUCUGCUCGAAAGCGUAUCUGCAACAUGUCAGCCGUGCAGAACGAGUCUAGGAAACGGAGCAAGAAGCGCUAUGUGGCCAAUCAGCAGAAGAAGCGGUGGAAGGGUUCCCGGGAGCUGGAGGUGGGCAUGCAGGGAAUCCUCAUCACAUGCAACAUGAACGAGAGAAAGUGCACGGCGGAGGCCUUCAACCUGCUCAAUGAAUACGCCGACAAGAUCUAUGGGCCAGAGAAGCUGUCAGACAGCAAUGGAAGCAGCAGUGAAGAAGAGGAGGCUGAAGAAGAAGAUGUUGAUGUUGCUCUAAAGAAGGAGGUUUCACAACUGCAAGCAUCUGGAACUAAACAGGAAAGGCGCUUCCAGGCCCUUGACAGUGGAGCAAACAAUGUCAUCUUCAUCAAAACUCAAAAUCUGGAAUCUGACAAACUGGUUCAUCACAUCCUGUCUGAUCUCCAUACCACCAAGAAGAAGAAGUCACGUGUGAUCCUUCGAAUGCUGCCAGUAACUGGAACAUGCAAGGCUUUCCAGGAAGACAUGGUGAAAUACCUGAGCACAUUCUUGGAGCCUUGGUUCAAAGCCCCAAAGUGUGCAACCUACCAGAUUGCCUUUAAGGCUCGCAACAGCAGCCACAACAAGAGAGAUGAAAUUAUUAAAUCUAUUGCAGGUCUGGUGGGUAAGCUGAACCCUAAAAACAAGGUGGAUUUGACAAACCCUGAGCUGACAAUCAUUGUGGAGGUCAUCAAGGCUGUGUGUUGCAUCAGUGUGGUUAAAGACUAUACACUGUACAGGAAGUACAAUGUUCAGGAAGUAGUAAAAGAAGAUGUUCCCAAGUCUGAUGCGAUCGCAGCAAAAACAGAUACAAGCACAAUCGAGCAAAAAGCAAAAUGCAACGGAGGGGAGACAGAGAAGGAAGUGCGGAAAGAUGAAGAAGAGGAGGACAAAAGUGUGUCACAGGACAAGGAGGUUGUUAAGGGAGAUGGUGGGGGGGGAAUGAAAGCCGACAUUUAAAGAAUUAUCCUGUUAAUUAGACGUCAACUUACAAUGUUUUAUGUUGUAGUGCUGUUGAUUUUUUUUUCUUUUUCUUCUUUUUGGACUGUAAACAUUAUUUUUCAAAAUGCUGAGGUUGACAUGAGUCAAGAACACUUUUUUUUUCUUUUAAAUAUAUGUUCAUGAAGAUAUCUGUUGUGCAAAGAUAACCAGCUUCACAGAGUUGUCCAUUUCUGAAGCAGUGGUUUUAAAUGAACUAAACAUAUCAGCAUUUUCCAACAUACCACAAGUUGUUUUUAUUUUUUUUAAAGUUGUAUUUUCUUUCAAAACCCUGAAUAUAAAUUUUAGAUCUAAUAUCACUCUAAUUUAGAUGUUUUUGCAUUAAGAAAAAGGUACUUUUCUCAGGUUAACGGGUGUGUCACAUCAGAUGUGUUAUAGGAGAAGACAGCCCCUUAAAUAACACUGAAUAAAAAUCCAUGGAUAAUUCUGUCAUCUCACAUUCUUGAUUUUGGUCAUAUGUAAUAACUUACUGCUUUUUGUAACAGUUAUUUUCCAAACCAGUCCUUGAUUAAAGCCACCUGUGUGACUGA